AUGUGUAAAAAGUCACAGAAAGUUCUUCCUGCCUCGUUCUUCAACGAGUUUACUGGCGCGUCUUCCAAGAACACACUACAGACUCAGCCCCAGGAGCUUCACUACCGUACAGCUACAGAGAUUGCCGCCAUGCAGAACGACAACUGUUGUGCUUUACUUGAAGCUGCGGGUUUGAAACACGUUUACUCUCCCAGCAGUGAGGGAUACAAGACUCGCACGGACUCUUAUUUCUCUGUAUCGUCACAGUUACACCCUUACUGUAUCGUUCAGCCCGAGAGUACCGAGGAUGUCUCAGCCAUUAUCAAGACUUUAGUGCCAGACACCACCUGUAAUCUUGCCGUGCGCAGUGGUGGCCACACCGUCUGGGGAGCUAACAAUAUCAAUGAUGGCGUUACCAUCGAUCUAGGAUUGAUGAACAAGACCACGUAUACCAAGGAGACAAAGGUUGCUCAUGUUCAAGCUGGAUCCAUCUGGCGGGAUGUUUAUGAAGCCCUCGAGCCUUUCGGCGUCACUGCUGCUGGUGGUCGCACUUCAACUGUCGGCGUCGCCGGUUUCUUGACGGGCGGUGGCAACACUUUUUAUACUGCCCGUUAUGGUUUCGGAUGUGACCAAGUCGUCAACUUUGAGGUUGUCCUUGGUGACGGACGCAUCGUCAAUGCCAACAAGACCGAAAAUGCCGAUCUUUGGAAAGCUCUCAAAGGUGGAUCAACCAACUUCGGAAUCGUCACCCGCUUCGAUUUACAGGCCUUCGACGCUCCUCUCCUUUGGGGUGGCCUCGUCACGUACACGACCCAAACAACAGAUGCCCACGUCGAAGCUUAUAAAAACUGGACUGACACCAUCGAGGAUUACCAAGAUGGAUCUGUUAUUCCCUUUUGGAGCUACACUCCUCAAGCUGGAAAAAUAGGCAUAACGGUCUCGUAUGAGGAUACAACUGGUGUUGCCUCGCCUAAGGCCCUGGAUCCUUUUUGGAAGAUCCCGUAUGAAACUUCCAAUCUGCGCAAGGACUCCCAUCGCAACAUGACAGUUGAGCUCGAACUCGUGGCUGGAUACCGAAAUGUCUGGUUCGCCAUCACCUUCAAGAACAAGCUUUCCAUGUACAACAAGGCUCUUGAACUCCACAAGCAAUUUGUCAGUGACUGGAAAGCCCAGUCUCCAGAUGGAGACUUCAUCUGUCACGCCAUUUUCCAGGCCAUGCCCACUGUCUUCUCUAAGCACUCGCUUGAGCGAGGCGGUAAUGUCGUCGGUCUCGAUCGCGAGAAGGACAAUGCUGUUAUGUUCCAGGUGCAGCAUAUGAUAAACGGCGUUGAGCAAGAAAAGCUUGCGCGUGAGCGUAUGGUAAAGUUCCGUCAAGCAAUGAAGCAGUACAGUGUUGAUGAAGAUGCCGCUGUGGAGUGGGAGUAUCUCAAUUACGCCGACUUUACCCAGGACCCUCUCUCAACCUAUGGAUCGGAGAAUGUUGAGUUUAUCCGAAAGGUGGCCAAGAAGUACGAUCCAGAAGGCGUUUUCCAGACACGAUUUCCCGGUGGUUUCAAGAUUACCAAGGUUGCUUGA